CUCCCCUCCCCAAUGCAUCAAUAAUCGACCUUCAGAAUCGAAAUCCUCACCAUGGUUACUACGCAACCCCAACCCCAAUCCCCUCUAACUGGCGGCUGCUUGUGCCAGAAGAUCACCUACCGCGUCGAUCUUCCCCCGACUGAACCCCUCCCCAAGAUCAUCCUCUGUCACUGCACCAGCUGCAAACGCUAUACCGGAUCGGCCUUCUCCUCCAACCUUGUCGUCCCUGCCUCGUCGCUGGUCUACACCUCAGGCACCCCCAAGCUGUACCUCGGGGCCAGCGACCGUGGCCCCGAAGUGCGUCGCCAGUUCUGCGCCGACUGCGGCAGCCCCUUCACCUCCCAGCCCGGGGGCGCGGACCAGAUCAUCAUCCUCAAGACCGGCACCUUGGAUGCCGACAGUCGGGCGCGCUGUGGGCAGUUGGGGAUGGAGAUCUGGUGUCGGAGCAAGGAUGAGUGGGUGGACCAGGUCGGGAGAGUGAAGACUACGGAGACCAACAUGGGGUAGAGGGAUGUUUGCUGCUGG